AUGGCUGAGAUGCUGGAACAGGUGAUCCUAAAGCAGUUCCUCUCCACCCUUCCCGUGGAAAUGGGGAACCGGGUGAGAGAAUGUGGGCCCCAAUCCAGUUUUGAGGCGGAGGCCUUGGCUAAAUGUGCCCUUCCAAACCAGACGAAGGACGAGACGCCGGGAGAGCAACAGGACCCCAUUGCGGACGCAGGCUCUGGAUCUUGCGCCAUUUCAAGCUGGCAUUGGAUUAACUUAAUGCAGGAAAGUCACGGAAGAUGCAACUUGCAGCGGGAUGAUUCAGGAGAUGGCGCACAAUUGGCAGCAAGAUAUAGUUACUCAUCUCUCUGCAGUCCAAAGGAAGAUUCUUUGAAGCAGGUGGAGCAGGUGAUCUUUGAAGAGGUGUUUGUGCCUUUUGAUGAGCAGGAGUGGGCUCUGCUGGAUCCAGACCAGAGGGCCUUGCACAGGGAAGUGAUGGAAGAGAAUUACGGCAUACUGACCUCCCUUGGGAAGAAGCCAAACCAUUUCCCGGGGAACCUCAGUCAAGAGCCAACCAGAAACAUGCAUCGGAUUGUUCCGCAAGAAAAGGAAACAUAUCAAAGGCUGGAGCGUAGGGAGAGCUUCAGUCGCGACGGCACAGCCUUGGAGGCUAACCAGGCGGAGAAGCUGUGCCAUUUCCUGCAAAAUGGGAAAGUGUUCACCUGCCAGGAGUGUGGCAAAGUCUUCGAUUGCAAGUCCAACCUUGUUACCCACCAACGCAUCCACGCGGAAGAGAGGCCCUACAGUUGCAAGGAGUGUGGCAAGGAUUUCACCUACUCCUACGCCCUGGUAGUGCACAAGAGGACCCACACGGGGGAGAAGCCGUACCAGUGCUGGGAGUGCGAGCGGAGCUUCAACCAGCGGGGAAGCCUGAGGCGGCACCUCUACACCCAUACGGGGGAGAGGCCGUUCAAGUGCCUAGAGUGCGGGAAGAACUUCCUGGAGAAGCGGAGCCUGGUGGGGCACCAAGCCAGCCACACCGGGGUCAAGCCGUUCCCCUGUGGCAUCUGCGGGAAGGGAUACCGCUACGCCGCUACCCUCGCGUCCCACCAGGCAAGAGAACAUGCGGAAAACGAGAAGGGCUCGGACACCCCAGCGGCCUUGGACAAAGCACACCUCAACCAGCAUUGA